GUUUUUGUGUUUGUGCGCGCGCGUUCGCGCCCGCGCUCUUGUGUUUCUUCAUGAAAUUUCUUCUUCUCUACAUCUUCCUCUCUACAUAACAGCCAUAUUUGACAGCAGUCAAAACAACUUUCAAGUUCAAGGUCCAUGAUUUAAUGUGUAUAGGAGGGUUGCCACGCCACCGGGAGAACCUGGAAAACACAGGGGAUUUGGAAUAGUUUUGCCCAGUAGCGCCGUACGACGAAAUCUCUGCAGUAGUUGAAAAUUUACUGAUGCGGGGCCGAAAAGAAGACAAAUUGGGAGCUUAACAUCUACUUAUUUUACUACGGGAAGGCAUGAUUCGUACAAGGGGACAACAAAUAAAACGCUUCUAUUUACAUCGCGACUCAAGAGGGUUUUUUCCUAAGUGAUUUUACUAAGAGAUUCGCUUAGGAAUUUCUUUACACGUAUCGAUUCGAAUAUCUUUGAAGAAUGGCUCAACUUUAGGGAUUUUUAUCCCUUCCCUCGGAAUGGCAAAAACUUCUUUGACAUGUUCUAUUCUGGGUUGCUGACAGAGACUUGGCUCUGGAAUUUGAAGAUUACGGGUUCGAAGCAAGACCAAAGUGUCGCCGUAUGUGCUGCAAGUUAAAAUUACCAUCAGCAGGCAAAAAUUUUCAUGUUUAGUAGAGUAGAAGAAUAGAGAAUGGAGGGCCUAACAAUUUUUGUUUAACCUCAAAGAGGAACUUUAAUAAUAAACUGAGUCUUAAAUGGGCGAUUAAAAGCCUUAUCACUAACCUUUUUGUUUAUAAUGAUUAGUUUAUUUAGCACAAUUGUAGGUUUCGUUUUUUUCUUUUAUUUGUUCAAAUAUGAAAAGUUGUAGCUUUGAUAUGAUUAACCAUUAAUUCAAUUUUUCAGAUGACGCAUCGUAACUAUGCAAUGGAAUGAAAUACGAAACUGAACGAUGCGGAAAUUAUUAAUAUUAUGCCGUCCACACAUCUAAUCGGGAUUCUUUUGUUUGGCGCCGGUAGGACUGGUUCCAAUCGCAUAAAAUAAAUAAGUCGUUCUUCAGUCAUAGAAAGACUGAUUCCCUGGGUAAUACCGAGUCGCCUUGGAUGCAAUGAAGAAAGGAUGUAAGUCUCACUGUUGAAUUGCGUUUUACCUGUGUGGUCUGUCUGGGUUCUUUUGAUUGGCUGAGAUUUGGAGGCGAGUUUAGAAGAAUAAACGCAGAAGUUAGGAAUGGAUAACCACAUCAUUGUUUCAAACAAUGAGGCUAUCAUCCUAAGUGAAGAAGGUUUUCAGGAUAUAGAAAUGUCUAACGGAUUCUUCUUCGAGACAGGCACUGAAUGCACAGCUAAUAGAAAUCAGGGAAUCGACCAAGCGCUCCACUAUUGUCCCCCUCGAGAAGAUGAAAAUGACGCGGACACGUAUCAUCAGCACUUUGCUAAUAGACAUCAGAGAAUCGACCAAGCGUUGCACCGUUGUCCCCCCAGAGAAGAUGAAAAUGACCCGCUCUUGCCUCAUCAGUACUUUGUAGCUAAUAGACAUCAGAGUAUCGACCAAGCGCUACACUGUUGUCCCCCUCGAGAAGACGAACAUGGCCCGGACUCGCCUCAUCAGUACUUUGCUAAUAGACAUCAGAGAAUCGACCAAACGUUCCACCGUUGUCCCCCUACGGAAUACGAAAAUGAUCCGACCUUGCCUCAUCAGUACUUUGUUGCCAGUAGAGAUCAGAGAAUCGACCAAACGUUCCACCGUUGUCCCCCUACGGAAUACGAAAAUGAUCCGACCUUGCCUCAUCAGUACUUUGGUAAUAGACAUCAGAGAAUCGACCAAGCGUUCCACCGUUGUCCCCCCAGAGAAGAUGAAAAUGACCCGCUCUUGCCUCAUCAGUACUUUGCUAAUAGGCGUCAGAGAAUCGACCAAGUGUUCCACUGUUGUCCCCCUCGAGAAGACCAACAUGGCCCGGACUCGCCUCAUCAGUACUUUGCUAAUAGACAUCAGAGAAUCGACCAAGCGUUCCACUCUUGUCCGCCUCGAGAAGACGAACAUGGCCCGGACUCGCCUCAUCAGUACUUUGCUAAUAGACAUCGGAGAAUCGACCAAGCGUUCCACUGUUGUCCCCCCAGAGAAGAUAACAAUGACUCGGGUUCGUCUCAUCAGUGCUUUGCUAAUAGACAUCAGAGAAUCGACCAAGCGUUCCACUGUUGUCCCCCUCGAGAAGACCAAAAUAGCCCGGACUCACCUCAUCAGCAUGUUGCUAAUAGACAUCAGAGAAUCGACCAAGCGUUCCACUCUUGUCCGCCUCGAGAGGACGAACAUGGCCCGGACUCGCCUCAUCAGUACUUUGCUAACAGAAGGCAUUUGUCAAAUCAAGUCCAAUUUGAAACUCUUAAUGGUGCAUCUUCUCCAGUAUUAAUGGCGGAUCUUCUGCCUCCACCGCCCCCGUUGAUUCCAAUUACUUUCGUUACUCAUGAACAUAACAGUAUUCCAAAUCUCCAGCAAACUGCCAUGGAGCAUCCAGUUUCGACUCCACAAGAAGCAGUUGACAGACCAAAUGCUGGAAUUAUUGCUUUAAUAAGAACGGUAUUUCACAGAAUAGAAGAAUUUAAAUCAAUAAUCUCACAAUUUUAUAGACGGUUCAGAACUGAACACCAGCCUCAUAAUCAAGAACAAUGAUGUUUUGUUAACGUCCUUAUUAAUGCAUUAAUAAGGACGUCAUUUCAAAGAUUGGAAGAAAUAAACGCAACAUUAACAGAUAUUUAUCAACAAUUCAGAGCUGCACAGCAUCCUCGCCAUUGAAGAAAGAGCUUAUUAAGCACUUUGAUGUAUGAAUGCUUUCAUUUUCCAAUACUUUAUUUAAAAAUAAAAAAACAAACCCUGA